UGAUUGAGUGAAAGUCAUUUAUUUCAAAAUGGCAGGCUAACUAUGUUGUGAUAUUGAGCGACAAUCCUGAAUAUCUGUUUAAAAUGGCUGUUUUUAAUGCUGAAUCUUUACCAAGUGAUAUUGAAAGUUUCCAAAGUGUGUCCUGCGAAAAUUCCGGUAAAACUACGAAAAAAUUCACACCGCAUUUGAAAGAGCCAAGCCUGAACAGCGCUGGGAGUGCAACUCACCAUUUUCAUUGUAAGUUUUUGAUCGCAAGAACUGUUUGUUGUUGUUGCAGACAUUGUUGUUACUGUGACCAAUAAGCGAAUCACAAUAUUAACAAUGUUGUCAUUGGGGUGCCCGAGCGCCAAAAGCCCGAUGAAGGGACCCGUAAGCCCGUCAACACGAUGUGCCCCAAACUUUGUCACCAACAAUCGAACGCUCCGUUCGCAGAAAACGUUCACUAAUCCGAACUACGUCAACGAAUUCCCGAGUAACAUGCGACCAGUUGACAAUUCUUUACUUAAUUACCCAAAUUCUGGUCAUAAACCGAUAAUGGCCUGCGAAAACAGCCCCCGCUUGCCCGAACCACCAUCAGGUAGUCCAUUAGAUAAAGAGGGUGAGUUGGGUAGAGGCAAUGAAGCAAUUCACACAUUGCUGGGUUCCACGAAGGUCGGCCCAUUUCACGGCCAACAGUUGAAAGAGCACCCCGAAGUUAAUAAAGUCACAGAAAAGCAUCAGUCGUCGGACGCGUUGGAUCACAAUUCACCCUCUUCUCGCCAGCCCGAAGUCAUGGACACAUCCAACUCAAUUGAGGACUCUCAACUCAACAACUCAAUUGAGAAAGUAUACAUCUGGAGGUCACGCAUCAGGAUCCGCAGGCCAUCUUUAAGUCAGUCGUCGGACGCUUUGGAUCACAAUUCACCCUCUUCUCGCCAGCCCGAAUUCAUGCACAUAUCCAACUCAAUUGAGGACUCUCAACUCAACAGCAACUCAAGUGAGGACUCUCAACUCAACAGCAACUCCAUUGAGGACUCUCAACUCGACAACAACUCAAGUGAGAAAGUAUUCAUCUGGCGGUCACGCAUCAAGAUCCGCAGGUCAUCUUUAACGGCCAGUGAGGACUCAUUUGUUGCCUCUGAUAAUGAGGGCAUUGAGGAGUUUACCAGCGAAGACGAAUCCAGUGAUGAAGAGCCUGCUUCCUCUAGGCGAAGACUCUCAGUCAGCGAAAGUGAGGACAGUUUUAUCAUGUUUGAGAAGGCUGAUGUGGAAAGCAUGGACGAUCUGUCCGAGGAAGAAGAUGAUUAUGAAAAUGAAGAUGAUAAUGAGGACGAAGAAGCUGCUGAUCAAAGUGGGAGCAGUGACGAAGUUGUUUACCGUACAGUGACUCCAAGAAAGGUCACAUUUGCCCCCGAUGAAAACCUAUGCACAGUCCACCGAAUGAUCAAAUGGUCAUUCGCCUAUGAAGCAGCCAGAAAGGGCCAUUGGGAAACGUAUGCUAGAGAUCGUUGCAGGUUCAAAGAUAGAAUCCUUCGAGUUGAGCGCAACAUCAAGCUGGUUUUGGAUCCGAAACAUCGCGCCAAAAUAUACAGCGAGAGAUUUUUAGCUGUUUAAUUCGGAAAAAAGAACGAAAUUCAGACUACUAUUUUCACAUUCAACAACUCUUUUGUAACUAAAAUCAGGAAAUUAUAUCAUGUAAGUGAAAUCAGUGGGUCAAGUUCGUAUUGCUAACAAAGCGCCUGGUAUCAAGUAGCGCUGUUACAUUAAUUGCAAAUAGAUCUGUUGCUUUUUGACCAGCAAGUCCUCAUUAACAUAUAUUUUUUUCCACGCUUGAUUUGGACCAUUUAACUCCAUGUGAUAAACUAGCUGAACCAUCUUGGUACCAGGCCAACCCCCAUUUUAUUUAAUAGGAGAGAUCAUUUUUUUGACUGUUUUGCUUAGUAUCAUGCUGUUAUUUUAGUAAAAGUCACGUUUUUUUGAACGCCGAACGACUAGGAAAUCAGCAAAGUUAAUUUGCCAUUGAAACUUCUAUCCAAUGAUUUCCAUUGCAUUUUAUUUAGAAAUGCUAAGCACGUCUAUCUCAAGUGUUUACGCUUACUUGAGCAUAUUUAAAAUACUAGCAUGAUAUUAACAUUUUGAAUAAUGUAAGACUGUGAUAACUACUAGCGUGUACAUAAGAACAAUGCAAAUAUUAGAUUACGCGUAUUAAUUAAAUUGAUUUUUCCAUCUUGAAACUCAAAAAAUGCUCUUCUUUGUCGUCCAGACAUCACAAUUUGUAUUAUGGUUUUUCAAAUUUUCUAUCUCAUGCGUCUUUAAUAUUAACGUUAGGCUGUUUAGUACCUGAUCUAAAUAAUUCAGCUAACUUUUCACGGGGACUUCUAAGCACCAAUAUCCUAUAUUUAGACUAUAAUGCUCAUUUCUGUGCGUCGUAUUUCUAGUUUUUUAGUCGCAAAUUAUUUUUAAAGUAUUCAGCAGUUGUGGGUUGGUGGCUUUUUUCGAUUUGUUCAAAAGAACGGUGCUGCUCAUAUUUUUAUUAGUAAUUGCUUAUUUUGAAACGCUUAUGGACUUUUAAAAUUGUUUUGCAUAUGCAAAUUCAAAUACGGAUUUCUUCAAAGGAACAGUGCUGCUUACAUUUUUAUUAGUAAUUUCUUUAGUUUGAAACGUUUAUUGGCUUUUAAAUUGUCUUGCAUAUGCAAAAAUCGUUACCAUUUUAAAACUCGGGGCUUCAAAAUGAUUCGUUAGAACGUUAUAUUAGUUGAUAAUUAUUUACCUAUGUUAUUGUACAUCAUUGGCUACGUAAAGCGAGUUUGGUUGAUGGAAAUAUUAUAAAUAUCCGAUUUCUUGCCGUUAAAUACAAAUGUUUUAUUCGAUUUUACUUUGUAAACUUUUCCAGUGGGGGUUUAAUCACACCUAUAUGUGUUUAUUUUAAGUAAUUGUUCACUGGGUUUUAGAGUUCGUAAAUUUCCACAAUUAAACUGCUUUAAGGUGCAAUAAAAUCCCAUUAGAUUUUGUUACAUUUUGUUUUUUACGGUUCUGUUAUAGAUUUUUAGUGCCAAAAUCAAAAUUAUCUGGUGUACUUUGACGUUAAUAUGGUGCGUAACAUUUAGGAUAUCUAUUAUUCCCAUUAUACAUACAUAUGUGUUUGUGUAUUAAUUAAUUAAUAUAUGUAUGUACCUUA